GCUCUAACAGUGAACUAUGUACUAUGUAUUUAGUCUAAAAGACUUUGGCCACACACGUCUAUAUACAUAUGUAGACACGUAAUAAGAGUUAGAACCCAAAAAUGGAGAUAUGGUUACUGAUCUUGGCCUCUCUCUUGGUGUCUCUCUUUCUCCAUCUCAUCCUUCGCAGCCGUAGUACCUCUUCCUCUCUUCCGUUACCUCCUGACCCUAACAUCUUACCUUUCCUCGGAACACUCCAGUGGCUUCGGGAAGGCUUAGGUGGCUUAGAAUCCUAUCUCCGCUCCGUCCACAACCGUCUAGGCCCCAUCGUCACACUUCGCAUCACUUCACACCCCGCCAUAUUCGUUGCCGACCGUACCCUCGCUCACGAGGCUCUAGUUCUGAACGGUUCAGUCUAUGCAGACCGUCCACAACCGGAUACAAUCAGCAAGAUCAUCAACAAACACAACAUCAGCUCCGGGUCAUACGGAGCCACGUGGCGGCUUCUUCGACGAAACAUCACCUCAGAGAUUCUUCAUCCUUCGCGCGUGAGAUGUUAUUCUCACGCACGGCACUGGGUUCUUGGGAUCCUCUUUGAUAGUUUUCGUAAACACAGAGGUGAUCAAGAACCGAUCGCACUCGUCGACCAUCUCCAGUAUGCCAUGUUUGCUCUUCUUGUUCUCAUGUGUUUCGGAGAUAAACUCGACGAGAAGCAAAUCAAACAAGUGGAGUUCAUUCAGAGACUACAGCUCCUUAGCUUGUCGAGAUUCAACAUCUUCAACAUAUGGCCUAAAUUCACCAAACUGAUUUUGCGAAAGAGGUGGCAAGAAUUUCUCAAGAUUCGGAAACAACAGAGAGAUGUUCUGCUUCCGUUGAUACAUGCACGGAGGAAGAUCGUUGAAGAGAGGAAUAAGAAGAGGUCGGAGGAAGAAGAAGAAGAAGAAGACAACAAAGACUAUGUACAAUCAUAUGUUGAUACUCUAUUUGAUUUGGAGCUUCCUGAUGAGAAGAAGAAGCUGGACGAGGAAGACUUGGUGAGUUUGUGCUCAGAGUUUCUCACCGGCGGGACUGACACAACGGCCACAGCACUACAAUGGAUCAUGGCGAACCUCGUGAAGUAUCCAGAUAUCCAGGAGAGGUUACACGAGGAGAUCAAAAGCGUAGUCGGGGAAGAAGCAAAAGAGGUGGAGGAAGAAGACGUGGAGAAGAUGCCGUAUCUAAAGGCAGUUGUGUUGGAGGGUCUUCGAAGGCAUCCUCCGGGACACUUCCUACUCCCGCACCGUGUCACGGAGGACACUGUAUUGGGUGGGUACAAGGUACCGAAGAAGGGGACAGUCAACUUCAUGGUGGCGGACAUAGGACGAGAUCCCAAGGUGUGGGAGGAACCGAUGGUGUUUAAGCCGGAGAGAUUCAUGGGAGAAGAAGAAGUGGUGGAUAUAACCGGAAGUAGAGGAAUCAAGAUGAUACCGUUCGGAGCAGGAAGGAGGAUAUGUCCGGGGAUAGGGCUGGCAAUGUUGCAUCUCGAGUACUACAUCGCCAACAUGGUCAGAGAGUUCCAAUGGAAAGAGGUAGAAGGUCAUGAAGUUGACUUGACGGAGAGGCUCGAGUUCACCGUCGUCAUGAAGCAUCCCCUUAAGGUUCUUGCUGUUCCUAGGAGAAGUCACUAGUUUAAUAUUCAAAACUGUGUGCCCUUUGUUUGGUCGAGUCAACUAUGGAAACUAGAAUUUUAGUAAAGUACAUUCUAUUAGCUAGGAACAAAAUCGUUGUUGACUGUUUGUUUUCAAGUUUAUGUUGGCCACCUUAAUAUACAAAAACAUUUGUGGAAUGUAGUUCCGAUAUAUUUACUAAUAAUGAUGUAGACACUUUUUAUAGAUAAAAGUACAUUUUAGUUCGUUAAAUA